UAAGUUUAUUACUUGUGGGCAAUUAACUGUGCUGCUUUUAUAUUGGCUUUUGACACAGUAAAUAAUUUGCUGAUAACACACAGCGGUAAUUGAAUUAAGUUAUUACUACUGCAUUCAGCUGUGAGGUUAUGAGUUGUAGUUAAGCAAAAAUCGUGCAAUGAAAAGUAAUCACUACUAUACACAUAAGGUGCAGUGAGGUCAAUAAACUAAUAAGCAACUAAUGGCUGAUGAUCCUCAGAGGACAGCAGGGGUUGUUGGGCUGCUUUCUCAGGAUAAAAUGGUGUGAAAAGGCCUCUGAAAGUGACAAGGUGUUGGGGCGUGAUUUCACAGGUCUUUGCCAAUUGUCCACUCAGGGGGGUUCGCAGCCCUAAUUGCCGUUGCCUCUGGGUAAUUGCUGUAGUUUGAAUGUUUCUGAUUUGAAGGCAGCUCCAGCAGCAGUUUGCUGUUAGCUGAGAUUUAUUGGUGUGCGGUUGAGAGGAACAGCUGGUGCAGAAAGUUCACAAUCCUCACUGAAGCAACAGAUGGAGCAAAGGACACAGGAAAGGAAGCAGAGAUGCAUGGAUGUGACUGGGAAACCGCAUUGAAGUGACGAGCUGCUGACGGCUGUGUGGUAGGCCUAAAAAACUUACGACCACUCGGGUUUACUGGCAGUUUCCCAUGUUUAGUCUGCAUGUGGUUUUUCUGAGGUUUCCCAACCAGACAGAUCACUUUUUUGAGGUCUGCAGUUUGCUUUAGGUGAAAGGAGAAUUGGAAUUCCAGAGGGGGCAGAGAAGGACUUUGUCAUCAUUCUUUUGGGACAGAUGAUGAUGUGGAAUAUUUGCAAAAAACUACAAGUAUAGCAGUUGCCUUUGAAACUUCAAGUGUAAAGUUAAUAAUCUGAAAUCUGAGUCACACUCACUCACACACACACAAAUUAAAAUGCCAGUGCAUGCCAGUAAAGAGCAAACCCUGUGUACCUUUGUUGUCACAAAUGCAAGUGAGUGCGUCAGACCAUCUCUAAAAUCAUUCACAUGAUUACACUUGUACCAUCAGACACUUGUAGAAUUACAAGCAGCCAGUGUAGUUAGUGAGUACAUGGGUCAAAACAAAAGAAAUACUGCACAGAGGUGAACAGCUCUGCUCAAGUAGACUUUGAGCCUUGGUAAUCAGUCUCCACAUGCUGACCCACAAGACCUAUGCAGCCAUGUAACCUCAUACUGUUACAUAAGCCAAGAUAAAUAACGUUAACCCUAGUUAGAUAUACCUGAUAACAGCCGUAACUCUGGUCACUAGCUAUGUUUUUACUGCACUGUCUUCAAAGAUUGUUCGAAUUUAAGUCUUUCUGAGGAGCAGAGAGAAUUUUUAUUUUACUCCUUUUUGCAGGACAAUACCAACAUGUAUUUGUUUGAAAAGCUCAAUUUGCUCAAAAAGACUAACUGAAAUUUCAACAUAAGUGCUUUUGGUAAUGCCCUGUUUAAUGCAUUUUCAAUCAUUCAAUAAAGAAAUGCAUCAAGAUAUGAGAAAAAAAAACAAGCGAUACCACAAUCCUGUAUAAGGUCGUUCCAGGUGACAGGAUCAUUAAUAGUAGUUUGCUGUCCACAACCAACUUAGAGUUUGGUUUAAGCUUUAAAUACAUUUCUUAACCCUUCAUUUCAUUUAACUCUGUAACACUCUGGGUUGUAUCUUAAAUAUUCAUCCGACUGUGUCAUGCCCGGGUCACUUGACCAUGACUGUUCAUUUGUAGCUGUUACACAACUCUUAACCUCUGUCCAAUCUUCGUACUCAUUUGAGUUUGUGUGAGGACAUAUUGCUUAAGUUGAACUAGGUGAGCUGUAUUCAUUUAUACCACUGAUAGACACAGAGAGAGAACAGCUGCAACAACAGUUAAAAGAACGUUAUGGCACUCCUUCUGUGGCUUGGCCUAUCGCUGCUGGCCUCUGUCCAGUCCAGCGCCGUGAAGAACUGCCACCCCAGUUGCAGCUGUGAGGUGGAAAGCUUUGGCAUGUUCGACAGCUUUAGCCUGACCAGGGUGGACUGCCGAGGGUUCGGGCCCAGCACCACCAUGCCCAUCCCCAUCCCACUGGACACGGCCUACCUAGACCUGUCGUCAAACUCCAUGGGCCCACUCAGUGACACCAUGUUAACUGGUCCUGGCUACACCACCCUCAUUAGCUUGGACCUUAGCAACAACCAUAUCACAAAGGUAAGCCCUAAUGCUUUGUCCAAGCUGCGUUACCUGGAGGCUCUGGAUCUGAGCCACAACAACCUGGAGAGCCUCUCCCCAAGCUGUUUCUCUGGCCUCCCUCUGGCCGAAGUUGACCUCAGCCAUAACAGCUUCCAAGAAUUCGACAUGGAUGUAUUCACUGCUAAAGUCAAUCGUGAACCUGUCAACAUUGAUCUGUCUCAUAACAAGCUCGUGUCAGUGUCCACCAAUUUGCAUGGAAGAAUAUUGCACAUUCAAAGCUUAAACCUGUCAGCAAAUCGGCUGUUGAGUGUACCAAGGCUGGCAAGACUCCCGCUGAGGCACCUCAGUCUAGAUGGUAACCCCAUCACUCACAUCAAGGAGGGAGCGUUCACUGAGCUGAAAGAUCUGGUUAAUUUAUCCCUCAGUGGCCUCCAUGACCUUCAGGAAAUUGAGCCACACAGCUUCAAGGGCCUUCAGAGCCUACAAGUUCUGGAUCUUUCAAACAAUCCCAAGCUCAAGACUCUGAAUCCUGUGGUUUUUACUGGACUAGAGUCCUUGCAAGAACUCAAUUUGUCUGGUUCUGGUGUGGCGUCUUUGCCAAAUAACAUGCUUACCCACCUGCCCAGUAUUAAGAGUAUUAGACUGGGAGAAAACAUCCGCUGCUGGAGGACCCAGAAGCAAGGACAGUUCCACCGGCAGCUGGGCCAGCUCCAACACAACGAAGUGCUGAGCUGUAAUGUGGAGGGCAUCGUGUUGUGAGACUGGAAAUGGACCACUCCUGUAGGGGCCAGUAUACUCUGUCAGAAGUUGGAUUGUUGGCCGGUCAGAAAGCUUCGGAGAAACCCCCACCUCAUCUUUAUGACAUCAGAUUAGGGGGAGGCUGUGUGUGACUUGUCCGAAACCAAUGAUCCGGAGUUCACGCUCUCUUCACAGUGUUUUUUUUGGCACAACUAUUUCAACUUUUCAUAUGAAACACCAAGUGCAAGAGUGAGUGAAAAUGUUCUCUUAUCCCCUUUUGUAAACAAUAUUGCACCCAUGUCACUUUUGAUAUUCAGUGUGGUCAGACAAAACUUUUUUUUAACUAGUUUUUAUAGAGAAUGUCCCUUGUCCCUUCAAUCCCGAUGCCAGAGCUGUGCCUUAUAUCUGCCUUGAUAUGCAAAACAUUGUGUUGCCCUCAUUUAAUUACCUCCAAGGUGAAACUGGAAAAAGUAUUAAAGGUAAAAGGUAGCUUUCAUAAAAUCUUGACACAAAUAUAAUUAAUUCUGUGCAUUUUUUGAAACACAAUGCCGCAAUGCAUGGAGCAUCUUAAAAUGUAGUCUGCCCAGUGGUUCCCAACAUUCUUUGUAAGAUGUGCCUGCGCAGCUCUGUCUGGUCAACCGAAGAACCAUUAUAUCAACACCAGUCACUUUCCAAAUUUGUGAAUUUGAAUUAAUUUCAAACCAGAUGAUAUUUAACUAAUAAUCAUACAAAAGUUGAUAUCAAUGAUAUGAUGUUUAAAGAUUUUUUGAACUGUCAGUGUUUGGUUUAGUCAAAUUUGCAUUUGUACUACUACCACAUGGAGUGGCAAAAUUGGGAAACAAUUUAUCCAUGAUGUGUAAUGAUCUGUUUCAACAGAAUAUGUAUUUUACCUAACUAUUUCAUCUCCUCUGAUUAAUUAUUAGAGCUGACUCAAUGUGUACAUUUUUUAAAUUUAAAUUAUUACUUUUUAAAAAGUGAUUUGAAUUACUCCACAAUCACAUCACUUCGCCCCUGGCAACAGGAGAAGUACAAGUACCCCGCCUGGUUUUGAAUCACUGGUCUAAACUGAUUGAGAUGAUUUCAUGCAUCCAAAACAUCCAAAGCAUGUUCUUAUGUCAUAUUCUUCAUUUAAAGUGGGAGCAUGUUAUGUUAGAGUUAUUUGCACUUGUUCCAGUCAAGGUAUUUUUUAAUGUUUGCACCUAACACAUUGCUUAACUAUCACCCAAUCUGAUGAAAAACCUCCUGUGCAUUGCUCAUAAUAGCCACACUGAAAAAUAUUUUUUUUACUUUUUCAUUCGACUUUGAAUGUGAUGCUUUAUGGAAAUGAUUAGGGACAUUUCAGCAUAUUUCAAAAUGCACAUAUUUGAUUUCUAGCAGAGAGUUAGAUCAGAAUUUUGAUUGCUAAAGUGUUACAAACUGGCUUAGCUUAGCAUAAAGACUGGGAAACCGGGGAAACAGCUAGUCUGAUUCUGUCAAACAAAGUCGUCUACCAUCUUCUCAUUAAGGAUCACUAAUUGACAUGAUAUAUCUUGUUUGUUAAAUCCAUACUUAAACCAAUGUUUGCUGUUUCUUGGCUGGUUCAGUGACUUCCUCAAGUCUUGUCGUCACUGCGAGCUUUCAAGGCACCGAGCAGAGGUCCACAACCUGUUGUUUUUACACUUGAGUUACAUUUGAGUUUAGUGUGCUUUAAAGAAAUGAGAACUUGUUGACUAGGUGGAUUUUUUUUUUUUGCUUUGAAAAGCACCUGUUUCCUACCUGUAACCCUACCUGUUUUCUCAUCUAACUCCCAGCAAGAAGGCUAAUAAACAUACUUCCAAAUAUAUGAAACUGUAUAAUCCAAGGACUAGAACGCUUUUAUUUAGCACAGUCAGGUUGGAAAAGCUCCAGUAUAGUCUUGUUCCACACACUGCAAUGAAACCUUGUUGAGUCUAAAGAUCUUUACUUGAUACACCAUCAACAUCAGCAUUUCGUUACUUGAAUUUGUUUCUUUGAAUACUAGCCCGUGUCUGACACCUCGUCCAAUGUGUCUUGACAGUUUAUUUUAUAAUGGCACUACGUUUGUUGUAUAGCCUUUGUCAAUUAGGUCCACACAGCCUUUGACAUGGUGCUCACAGAUCUGUGUUUUGUUUGUUUGUUUGUUUUAUGACAUAUCACAGGAGUAAACAAGCUGUGACAAGUUGAGUUUUAGAAAAUUUAAGUAAUGAAGUAGUGCAACUUUCACUGACAGUGAAGUGAUUCCUGUAUAAACAACAGACUGGACUCUGUUGUUGUGUGAAACUUUACCUGACCUUCCUGUGGUGUUUCUGUGGAUACAAGGGGACAAUCGGCCUUGAGACUGCAUAUAAGGGUUUUUGAAUGUCUGUCAAUCUGUAAAGGCUUGGAGCUUGAAAUUUUCAAUUAAAUCCACCUUUUCUGCUGGUUAAUUGAAAGUCAGAUGUGGCCAGUUUUCGUGUAGUAGUUUGUAUUUAUGUAUGUAUAUUGUAUAUAACGUUUUAUAUAUGAAUAAUAUGUGUAAUAAAUUGACUAUUCUCACA